AUGUCCAACAACAUCAAGGUCGUCUGUCGUUUUCGCCCUCCCAACGCCAUCGAGCAGCGGGAGGGUAGCGACAUUGUCGUCGACUUUAGCGAUGACGGCUCCCUGGUCAAGUUGACCCGUGGCGUUUCCACAUCGGGUCCUGAAGCAGGCGGCUUCGUCUUCGACAAGGUCUUUCCCAUGAACACCAUGCAACGCGACGUCUUUGAGUUCGGCAUCAAAGAAACGGUCGAGGACGUCCUCAAUGGCUACAACGGAACCAUCUUUGCCUAUGGUCAAACCGGUUCCGGUAAGACAUUCACCAUGAUGGGCUCCGAUAUUGACAACGACAACCUCAAAGGUAUCAUCCCGCGCAUCACCGAACAGAUCUUUGAAAACAUCAUGGCAAGUCCACCGCAUCUCGAAUAUCUUGUCAAGGUGUCAUAUAUGGAAAUCUACAUGGAAAAAAUUCGCGACCUGCUCGCUCCUCAGAACGACAAUCUGCAGGUCCAUGAGGAAAAGAACAGAGGCGUCUACGUCAAGGGUCUCUCCGACUUUUACGUCGGUGGUCAGGCCGACGUCUACGAGAUCAUGCGUCAAGGUGGUCUCGCCCGUGCUGUUUCUUCUACCAACAUGAACGCCGAAUCUUCGCGAUCGCACUCCAUCUUCCUCAUCACCAUCCAGCAGCGAAACACCGAGACCGGCAGCGCAAAAACUGGUAAUUUGUAUCUUGUCGACUUGGCAGGUUCCGAAAAGGUUGGCAAGACAGGCGCAAGUGGACAGACGCUUGAAGAAGCCAAAAAAAUCAACAAGAGUCUGUCAGCGCUUGGAAUGGUUAUCAAUGCACUCACCGACGGCAAGUCUUCCCACAUCCCUUAUCGUGAUUCCAAACUCACCCGUAUUCUCCAAGAAUCGCUCGGAGGUAACUCGCGCACAACGCUCAUCGUCAAUGCCUCGCCAUGCGUCUACAAUGCCGAUGAGACGCUGUCUACACUGCGCUUCGGUGUUCGAGCCAAGAGCAUCAAGAACAAGGCGCGCGUCAACGCCGAGCUCUCCCCGUCCGAGCUCAAGACGUUGCUCAAAAAGGCCAAAGCCGACAACGAGCGAUACCAGCAAUACAUUGCCAAUCUUGAAGCCGAGCUCAAGGUAUGGCGUUCAGGUGGCAAGGUGCCCGAGUCCGAAUGGGCCGACGCAAGCAAGGUUGUCGUCGGUCAAGGCGCACCCAUCGCUGCCACUCCCACCUUGGCUGCCACUCAAAGUCAAUCGCGUCCCCUCACACCAGCCGUCGAGAACCUUCGCGAGCUUGCCUCUCGGCCCGAGACGCCAUCGGCCGUCUCCAUCGACAAGGACGAGCGCGAUGACUUCCUGCGCAGGGAGAACGAGCUCAGCGAUCAGAUCGCCGAAAAGGAGGUCGCACUCAAGUCGGCAGAGAGUGCACUGCGUGAGGCUACACAGGAGCUUGCUUUCUACCGCGAGCAAGAGGCGACGCUCUCCAAGGACAACAAGAGCAUGACUUCCGAGAUCAACGAGAUCAAGCUUCAACUCGAGCGUGUCACUUACGAGCACAAAGAUGCCACCAUCACGCUCGACAUCCUCAAGGAGCAGAACAAGGACCUGUCUGCAGAACUUGAGGAGCUGCGCAAGUCGCUUGCCGACACUGCCAAGACCGUCAAGGACCCAUCGCAGGAGGGUAAGGAGCGCAAGAAGGCCGAGCGCAUGGCACAGAUGAUGGCCGACUUCAACCAGGGCAUCGUCUCUGAGAAGGAAGAACAGAUCCGCGAGACGCUGAGCAAGCUCGAGACUGCUGGUAGCACAGGCUCUGGCGCCCUCUCUGCUGACGAUCUCUCAACACUACGCGAGCAGCUUCUCGAGUCGCAGAGUCUGCUGCGAGAACAGAGCGAGCGCGUGCGCCAGGCGCAUGAGGAGAACGAGCUACUGCAUCAAAGGCGACAGGAGCUCGAAAGCCGAUUUGCUACGCUCGAGGCUGAGUACGAGGAGCUGCUUGACAAGUCGAUCAAAGCCGAGGAGGCCAACCAUGUCAACGUCGACGUCACCAUCCAGGAUCUCAAGGCCAAGCUUGAGUUGCAGUAUGCGUCCAAGCGAGAUGCACAAACGAGCGAGAUCAACGAUCUGAAGCGCCAGAUAGAGUUCAAAGCCAAGGAGAUCGCGAUUCUGACUUCGAACAACGACAACCUCAAGAGCACCAAUGAAGAGCUCAAGCGCGCGUUUGCCGUCACCACUGCCGGCGUCGAGGGUGGACGUAACCUGGCCGAAUCGGCGCGAGAAUUGGAGCGUGUGCGCAAGACGAUGGCAGCGCAGCUCUCGGAGUUCGACACGAUGAAGAAGUCGUUGAUGCGCGACCUCCAGAACCGAUGCGAAAAGGUGGUUGAGCUCGAAAUCUCGCUCGAUGAGUCGCGCGAGCAGUACAACAAUGUCGUGCGCAACAGCAACUCGAAGGCACAGCAGAAAAAGAUGGCGUUUUUGGAGCGCAACUUGGAGCAGCUCACCAAUGUGCAAAAGCAGCUGGUGGAGCAGAACAGUAGCCUCAAGAAGGAAGUCUCGAUCGCAGAGAGGAAGCUGUUGGCGAGAAACGAACGCAUUCAAGCGCUGGAACAGCACCUGAUGGACAGCCAGGAUAAGCUCAUGCUGCAGAACCGCAAGUUUGAGGAGCAGCUGCAGGCCGUAAAGGAGCGUCUGCAUCACGCCAACCAGAUGCGCGCGUCGGUUGCCGGAAGUGCUGCGCCAGGGCCUCUGGGCGGCUUUGGCCGCAUCGCCAAACCGUUGCGUGGAGGAGGACCAACGUCUGGGCCUCAGCCAGGCUCUGUUGCAGCGAGGCAAGCGGUGUUUGGCGGCAGUGUCGCCGGAGCCGGAUCAUCGCUAGGUGAAAAUUCUCCCAAGGCACGAUCCAGCUGGUUCUUUUCGUCCAAGUGA